CGACCAACGAAGAUGCCGGCAGCAUUUCCCAGCAGCCAAAGAAGCGCAAAGGUUCCCGGGGUCACAAUAUCCAAGAGGAGACCGCCGUUAGCAGUGACAUGGCCUCACGCUUGGAUUUGUCCUGCAUGGCCCAGGGUUUGAUUCAUGCACCGGAGAUAAACAAUGGCUACGUUGUCAAGUACAACAGGCGCAGGAAAGACGAUCACAUCUUUCUGGUAGCUUUCUACGAGUGCGAUGACUACUACGAACUACAGCCAGCAGAAACGGAUCGAUUGUUCUGCAGUGGCAAGCAAUGGAUCGGAACGAAACCGAACUGUGUUUCCACACGCCCGGUAGGUGAAGAAGAGGAGGACGACGACGAAGGUGACGGCGACGAGGAAGAAGGAGACUACGACGAAGAAGACGAAGAGGAAGGCGAAGAAGAACCGAGCCCCGAAGAGGAUAAUACUAAUCAGCUGUUACCUGAAGAAGUAUCAUCAACUACUGCUGGAACAACAACAACAACAACGUCGACGACGACGAUGACUGCACCAUCUGUAAGUGAACAAAGCACCACCGAAAGUGCUUUUACAAACGAGCAUACCAGCGAUGCUGCGGAGAAGAACGUGCAAGAUAAAUUGUUAGAAGUUGAUAAAGAUAUAAAUCAUGUAGCAGAGGACAACAGCGGAGAGGACGAAAGUGAUAAUACAACCGAGAAAACAGCGCAAGAAGAAAUGCAUCCUGAGACGAAAUCUGUUCCGAUAAGUAGUCCGAGUCCUACAACCGAACAGCCCAAGGAAGAGGAUACAAAAAUUUUAACACCCGGUUGUGAAACGGAGGAUCGCGGAGGAUGUGAACACAUAUGUCAUGAGAACCGUGAGGUAGAACCGGAAGUGCAAUGCUCGUGCUACAGCGGAUUUGUUCUGGAUCCCAACGAUAGACGUUCUUGUCACGACCUCGACGAGUGUGAGAACGAAAACGGAGGCUGUCAACAGAUCUGUACCAAUAAGCCUGGUUCCUUCGAGUGUAGCUGCGAACCAGGACUGCAAAUUGACGUCCUCGACGGCAGAAGCUGUAUCGACAUCGACGAGUGCCAGGACGUAGCGAUACUCGAACAAUGCUCGCUGGGAUGUGAAAAUACGCACGGUUCGUAUCGGUGCCUGUCGGAAUCGGUUCCGUCGAGUACGGAAAGACAAUUCCGCACCAACGACAAUGAUGAUGUCGAUGAUGACGGUGGUGACGACGACGGGGACGGUAAUGGAAACGUCGGUGGCAACAGUGAAGGUGAAGUUGAUGAGGAAUUUGUUAAUGAAAAUGAGAAUGACAGUGACGGCACAGUCGGGGAGGUUGGUUUUUCUCCUCUCGUGACUUCGACCUCAACCACAACGGAAACUUCUGAAAUUGACGAGGAAACCGACGGCGACGAUGAAGACGCCGAAGAACAAACGAACAAUGAAAUUUCGCCCGUUGAGCGAGAUGACCGAUUGAGCAACGAAUUGCCACCAUUGACACCGGAAAUUGAUCGGCCAGAAAUUGAAGAGGGCCACAAAACGCCCACUAACAGUAAAGUGGAUACUGAUGAUGCUGCAAAUGGGGAUGAUGAUCUUGAUGAUGACGAUGAUGACGAUGUUAGUGAGGAUGUGGAUGAUUUCGAUAGGCGGCAAAAUGAAGUGGAAAUUCAUCAUCACCGGCACCAUCACGGUGAGAUUGAACCGAAGGAGGGCGUCGAUGCUAUCCGCUCGGAAGUUGAACAUCAUAUCUAUAGUUCAACGACCGAGCCAUAUCCGAAUGAGGUGGACCCGGUGGAAGAGGAUCAGGACCCUGUGGAGGAGGAGGAGGAGAACGAGUCAGACACCGAUGAUUAUCUCGAGCCGCUGUAUGUAGCUUCUUCCACAACGGUUGCCAGCCCACGUUCGACUGUUGACUGCCACGAGGGGCUAAGAAUGAAUUUAGAUGGAGUGUGUGAAGAUAUCGACGAAUGCGAGGAGCAGGAGCACGGUUGUGACUACUGUCGGAAUGCCUACGGUGGGUACGAGUGUAUCUGUCCGGCAGGUUUCGAGCUAGCCGACGACGACAAAAGCUGUCAUGACGUGGAUGAGUGUAAAAAUUACGAUCCGGAUGACAAAGACGACGAAUCUGUUGGUGUUUGUUCACACGAGUGUGUCAACACGGUUGGUUCGUUUGAGUGCCGAUGUCCAGACAUGUUCCACCUGAACGUGGACCGGAGGACGUGUGUGCGGGAUUUUUGCGCUGACCUGUACGAAAAUCCGAACAAAACCAGAUGUUCGCAUGAGUGCAAGGACGGAACCGAGGGGUUCACCUGUGUUUGUCCGGAGUUUUACAUGCUGGAUGAAUUCGAUCGUAAAACGUGUCGGAAUGUUUACAGUUGUGGUGAAGAGUUCAAAAAGCGGUGUGAUCCGGGCGUGUGCCGGAUGGUGGAGGGAGGUGAUUAUCGGUGCGAGUGUCCUCCCGGAUAUCAGCAGCACGAUCAUAGCUGUCAUGAUCUCGAUGAGUGUGAACUCGGUCGGCACAAGUGUUCCCAUGAUUGUCGGAACACACCCGGUUCGUAUCGGUGUGAGUGUCCGCCGGGUUUGACACUUUCGACGGAUAGUCAAACGUGUGAUGACGUUGAUGAAUGCGAGCAGCCAGCCGACGGGGAUUUGUGUGGUGAUCUGCAGUGUUCGAAUACCUACGGGAGCUACAAAUGUGUUUGCCCGGAAGGUAAGGAACUGGACGAAUACGGUAUCUGCCGACAGAUGGAUUUGUGUACGACGGGCAAUGGAGGAUGUUCGCAUAUUUGUACGUUCUUCAAUCGGGAAACUUUCUGCGACUGUCCGGACCGGAUGGAGCUGGCGGAUGAUGGGAAAACUUGUAUUGUGGUGAACGAAUGUGAUUUGAACAAUGGAGGAUGUUCACAUUUUUGCGAUUCUCAGCUGGAAGUAGUAUGCAGUUGCCCGGAUGGAUUCAGUCUGGGCGCUGAUGAGCGAACGUGUCAUGACAUCAACGAAUGUGCCGAUGCUAAUGCGGGAUGUGAGCAAAGAUGCAUCAACUUGGCGGGAAGUUUUCAAUGUGGUUGCUACGAUGGAUUUGAAAUUUCCCGAAGUGACAUCCGAACGUGCUUGGAUAUCGAUGAGUGUUCCGCAAAUCAAGCAGGCUGUGACCACCACUGUCACAAUUCGGAGGGGUCCUUCCAUUGUUCGUGUCAAACCGGGUAUGUUCUGGCGGGAAAUGGAAGAAAUUGUUCGGAUAUUAACGAAUGUGAAUCAAACAAUGGCCAAUGCUCACACGUAUGCCACAAUUCGAAUGGAUCGUACCAUUGUUCCUGUCCGGAAGGACAGUAUCUUACGGAUGAUAUCCAUUCGUGUGAUUUCAUUGACGAAUGUGAGUUGAAUAAUGGUGGAUGUUCACAUGUUUGCAAUUACCAUCGAGGAGGUGUCGUUACCUGUUCUUGUCCGAAAGGAUUCGAGUUGGAGGGGGAUAAGCGCAAAACUUGUGUAGACACUAACGAGUGUAACACUCGCAACGGUGGUUGUUCACACGAUUGUAUCAACUCACUGGGAAGUUAUGAGUGUUCGUGUCCGGCCGGAUUUGAACUCAGCCACAAUCGACACAAUUGUGAUGAUAUUGACGAGUGCAUCGAAAACAACGGGAACUGUUCGAAUAUCUGUAUCAACCUGUUAGGUGAUUUCAAAUGCGCCUGCGAGGCAGGUUUUGAGUUGCAAGAGGAUCAGCAAACUUGUCGGGACGUUGAUGAGUGUACGACGAAACUGCACGACUGCUCGCACAUCUGCGUAAACGUCCCAGGGACUUUCGAGUGUGAAUGUCCCGACGGAUAUCUGCUAAGACGGGAUAAAUUCACCUGUGAGGAUAUAGACGAGUGUGCGACGUCACCUGAUCGAGGAGGUUGUCAGCAUCUCUGUAUCAAUCUGCCGGGAUCGUAUCGAUGCGGAUGUGAAGACGGUCAUCGUCUAGAGGCGGAUAAUAGAACAUGUUCGGAUAUUGACGAAUGUUCGGAUGAGUUUAGAAAAUGUUCGCAUGAUUGCUUGAAUACCAAGGGAGGCUUUGAAUGUUCUUGUCCCGCUGGGCUGAGGCUGGACAUGGAUGGAGUUUCCUGUUUGGAUAUCGACGAGUGUAGGAUUAAUAAUUUCAAUGGUGGCUGUUCUCAUAUUUGCGAGAAUCAACACGGAAGUUUCCGGUGUGGCUGUCCGGCCGGGUGGCUGCUGGGAAGUGACCAGGCAACCUGUGAGGAUGUAAAUGAGUGCUCGACCUUGAACGGCGGAUGCAGUCAGCAAUGUGUCAAUCAUCGCGGGGGCUACAAAUGUGCGUGCAAUUCUGGAUUUGCUUUGAUGGCUGACAACAAAACUUGCGAAGUAAGUAAUCCGUGUGCUCUGAGAAAUGGUGGCUGUGCACAUUUCUGUAGUUUGAAGAAUGGUGUUCCGGUUUGCUCCUGUCGGGAAGGAUUUGUUCUGAGUAAAACGGAUUCGGCAAGUUGUGUUGAUCAUAACGAGUGCCGUCUGGCUACGGAUAACAACUGUCAGCAGAAGUGCGUUAAUUCGGAGGGUUCCUACAGCUGCGAAUGCUACACGGGUUAUGAGAAAAAUGAGCUUGGUCAGUGUUUGGAUGUCAACGAAUGUCUGGAGGCAAAUGUUUGCAGUCCCAACGCCCGGUGUCUCAAUUUGGCCGGUAGUUUUCGUUGUGUGUGUCCUUCGGGAUAUAAAAUGGGUAAAGAUCGGAGAAGUUGUUUCGAAAUUCGAAGCAACUGUCAACCGCUGAAAGCUCCGAAAAAUGGAGAUGUUAGCUGCUCCCGUUCUCGCCAUAAGACGCAGUUAUUCUAUCGAACGAAAUGUCACAUCCGGUGCCGGAAAGGUUUCAAACUGAUUGGUCCAGCGGUGAAGCAAUGCAACGGAACUGGUCACUGGGAUGAAGGGGAUUCGCUGUGUGUUCCUCAAUCAUGUCCACGUCUACAACGUCCGGAACAUGGAACAAUUCUACCGGUGGCGUGCAUGUCCGGGAAAAUCUACGCCGGUGAACGUUGUGUACUUCACUGUAAGCCAGGUUUCAAACCGGCCGGUAAGAGAACUGCUGUUUGUGACACCGAACAAAAGUGGAUACCGGCACCCAAUCUACGAUGUGUUCCGACAGCCGUUCCCACUCCGGUGCCAAUCAAACCGUACAUCCAGUGUCCGUCGGAUAUUCAUCAGGUACUGCCCGUGGGUCAGCACACGGUGAAAGUUCGAAUAGAACAACCCAAAACCAAUGUGGACUGGUACAAGUACGUAGAUGCACAUCCUGCCUGGGGGAAACAACUGGAAACGGAACUUCCAGCGGGAGAAGUGGCGGUGGUAUUCCGAGCAAGGAGCCCCAAUUCUCACAUGGACGAUGUUUGUCGAGUAUUGAUUAGGAUAAGAGAACGUAGACCGCCGCAGGUCACGAACUGCCCGGAAUCCUUCAGUGUACAGUUGGAACGGCAAGAAACUACACGGUCGGUGUUUUGGGUCGAGCCCCAUUUCGAGAGUGAGUCGGAAAUCAAGCAAAUUUACAAAUCACACACUCCGGGUCUGCUGCUAAUCGCCGGUGUCCACUACAUCAACUAUGUGGCAACCGAUGCCGAUGGACUCAGUGCCAAAUGUAGUUUUGGCAUUACGGUGCGAGCAUCCGCCGAGACCGGGAUUGCAAGACGAACGAUGCAUCGACAGUUCGAAACGAACAGACUGGAAAAUCAUGAGUCAUUCCUGAUAUGCCCGGGCAAGUCACCGGUUCGAAUCGAUGCUAACGAUCCUCUGUACAUACCGCAGGGUUGCGUAGUGAAGAACAUUCGCAUUAAGCAGAAACUGGCACGUCUUCGACAUCAGCAGCAAGUUCUCCAGCGCCACUUGCAAGAACUGGAGGAGGCCCCCAAUCCGGACCCAAUGAUCAUUCAGCAGCAGCAUAAACGUUACAACAAUCUAUUGCGCUACUAUUCGUCCUGGGACAAUGCCGUCAGUCGUGAAGGACAGCAACAACAGCAGCAGCAUCAGCAUCAGCAUCGCUUCGAAGACCGUUUUCAGUCACACAAUCUAGCGCCAACGGGUUCAGUUCGGAGGUGGUUCAAAAAGCGCAGCAAGGACGACCGAAAAGAUGCAAUGCCUGAUGACACACCGAGCCAGAACAGGCGGAAACCGAGCGACGACACCGGAGAAUCCUGACCUGUUUGACCCCACUCCCCCAACCCCCCCUUGCUAUCUCAACUCCAUUUUUUGCUGACUAACCGUGCUGGUUAAAGAAUAUGCACUAAAAUACUUGCCAUUUUUCAUGAUACCUUUUUAUAGCGAUAUUUUUCCUCAAUCGUAUCAGCUACUGGGUACUUAGAGACGAAGGGCAAAAAAAAAAGAAAAAAGAAAAACUUUGUUUCGUAAGCAAUAGACUUAAAUGAUGACCGAACGAAGAUAGGGAAAAAUAUUCGAAUGAAUGGGACUGCCGUAUGGCAAGUUAUAAAAAUAAGGUAUUGAUAUAUAUUAAUACUUCUUCUAUAUCAAGGUAGGAGAGCGUGAUGAUGAAGAAAAAAAAAUUGAAUAAUGGAUGCGAAUAAAAAAGU